CAGCUGGGAGGAGCUCAUCCAGUCUUGUUUGCAGGCUUUCGAUUCAGACGGUUACGUAUGUGAGCACAGCCACUUGUUGAACAUCACCCUGACCAUGCAUCGCCUACUCAUCUCCUCCAGUGAUCUGCUGGAUAAGCUCACCGAUCUAUAUCCUUCAGCAACCUGACAGAAACACAUUAUUGAUAUCACAGACACAUUUGUAGGCAUUUUGAGUGGUGUGGUUGUCAAGAGUGACAGCAAAUCUCCUGCUUGGCUGCUCACACUGCUGGCUCGCCUGCAUAAAAAGUGAGCAACAUGUUCGGAGUUGCUGCUGCUUGCAUUUCUGUGGAAAAUCUUGGGCCACCACUAACUUUGUUGUUUUAAAUUUCUUUUUUUUUUCCUCCCUUAAUUUCAACCACAGUCAUUUUGACAUGGGGCCUAACUAGCCAUUUGGGGGCCCAGGACAAACUUUGGGCCCUCCAGAUCACAUCAUCAUCACAUCACUGACAAAUGUUUAAUUUUCGUUUUCAGAAAAACCACCAGUUGUGAAUCACUGGUAUAAAAAACAUCCAACCUUUUAAAAUAAGCGACUAUUAUGCCACAUGGCUUCCACAAAACAAGGAAAUGGUUACUAAGGGGUAAAAACAACACACAAGGUGGGGAAAGACCAUUAGAAUUGAUUUGUGAAAAAAUAUUAAAUUGACCAUAUUUGUUCAUGAGGGAUUUCUGGCUGACAGUGGUGAUAAUGAAUUUUAUAAGGUCCCAUUGACCAAAGAAUAAUUAAUAUUUACUUAGUGUAAAAUCUGGGCCUGUUUAGUUGAACACAAUGCUAUUAUUAUGUUGUAUGAAAGGUAACAGGUGGCUGCACAGGUUAAAUGUACCUUCGGCCGUUUAGAAAAAGAGCAUUGUUCUGCCUGUCACAAUACUGUAUGUAGCUGUCAUGGAUAGUUGAACCAUGGAUUGGAAAUAAUGUAAAUAAAUAUAAAUCAAUUGGUAUUUCUGAACCAAUUUAGUGAAGUUUGAUCAUUUCCAGCAGCACAUCUGAUGAUCUCUCAUGACACACUAAUGUGCCUCCUCCCCUACCAUCAUCCUGUUUGUCAUCCACCAGGAAAUAGCCUGCUAUCUAACCAACAGAUGGGCAAACAAACACAAACAUGCAUUGCAAUUUGCAAUUUAUGCAUUGCUAAAACAACAAAUCUAAUGGACAAGACUUUUGCACAAUCCUGUAUUCUUGUAUCUUCUCUUUAGCUCCAUUGUGUCAAUUUCUGUCAUUUGCGGCACUUGGAUCCCAUGGCUUAAAAAAAACCUUGGUGACCGGAGUGGAGGGCUUUCAGUCUCAGCUUCCAUUCAGGAAACGGCGGUGGCGUCACAAAGCCUCUCAGAGGAGCACACCUUCUUAGCGAGCAGCCUUGGGGUUUCAGUGCCAUGGACAAUGAGCAGCCAGCAGAGUGCCAGAGAAUAUGCUACUUCAUCAGGCAUUGGAUUCAGGAAUUUUGGAUGAUGUUCAGGUUGCACCACAGCUUGUCAGACAGCUUGGACCAGCUCCGGGAGCUGAUCAGGGAGCAGGGACAAGAGCAUCUAUGCUCUCUUCUAGAGACCAAAUGGAUAAACGAACGGGACUGGUCAUGGAAGGCCAGCCAGAAGAUCAAAGCCAACAGCAGUAAAAAGAGGAAGGUCUCUCUUCUCUUUGACCACCUGGAACCCAUUGAACUGGCCGAGCAUCUCACCUUCCUGGAGUUUAAAUCAUUUUGCAGGAUUUCCUUUAUAGACUUCCAGAAUUACAUCCGCAACUGCUGCAUGAAGGACAUCCCCGUGAUGGAGCGUUCCAUCGCCCUGUGCAAUGGGGUCUCCCAGUGGGUUCAGCUGAUGGUGCUGAGCAGGCCGACGGCUCAGCUUAGAGCUGAGGUGUUCACCAAGUUCAUCCACGUGGCGCAGGGUUUACAUCUCAUGCAUAACUACAACACGCUAAUGGCAGUGGUGGGAGGGCUUUGUCAUAGCUCCAUAUCCAGACUGAAGGACACCACCUCCCAUGUACCCAGUGAUGUCAUCAAGGUGUUAAAUGAAAUGACAGAUCUGCUCUCCUCAUGCAGAAACUUUGAUAACUACAGACAAACAUACAACAAGUGUAUAGGUUUUAAAAUCCCCAUCCUGGGCGUGCACCUUAAAGACCUCAUUUCGGUGAAUGAGGCCAUGCCGGACUAUGUGGAAGACAAUAAAGUGAACGUGCAGAAGCUGCAGGCCCUGUACAGCCAUAUCAACGAGCUGAUGCAGCUCCAGCAGAUCCCUCCCAAGCUGGACGCCAACAAGGACUUGGUCCAUCUUCUGACGCUGUCCUUGGACCUUUACUACACUGAGGAUGAAAUCUACGAACUCUCUUACGCCCGGGAGCCCAAGAAUUGUAAAGCCCCUCCAGCCACCCCUUGUAGACCUCCAUUGGUUGUAGACUGGGUAUCGGGAGUGGCUCCUAAACCUGAUCCUCGAACCAUUAGCAAGCAUGUGCAGAGAAUGGUGGACUCCGUGUUUAAGAACUAUGAUCACGACGAGAACGGCUUCAUUUCUCAAGAGGACUUUGAGAAAAUUGCCGCCAGCUUCCCCUUUUCCUUCUGUGUCAUGGACAAAGACAAAGAGGGACUUGUGAGCAGAGAUGAGAUCACAGCUUAUUUCAUGCGGGCCAGUGUCAUCUGCUCCAAACUCGGCCUGGGCUUUGUUCAUAACUUUCAGGAGACCACUUACAUGAAGCCCACCUUCUGCGACAACUGCUCUGGAUUUCUGUGGGGCGUCAUCAAGCAAGGCUACAGAUGCAAAGACUGCGGGAUGAACUGCCACAAGCUGUGUAAGGACCAGGUGGCCUUUGAGUGCAAGAAGAACACCAAAUUGAACAACGGCAACACCACCGACAGUCCCACGCCCAGCUCCACGCCUGUUACCACGGGAACCUCGGAGGGUUCAGACGAGUGUCCUUUCCAGUACCCGCUUGAUGACAGCAAUGACUGGAGUCCAGACUCUCCAGUCACGUCACAUUUCAGGCUUAACCGGGUCCACACCGCCACUCAGACCGAGGGUCCGCCGCUGUGCCCUGAUGCCACAUGCCCUCACCCGUCUCUGCUGGUGCCCUCGACGACGUGCCCCAGCCCGCUGCCCCAGAGGAAAAAGCGACACUGCGCCAAGUGGGAGAACCGAGUUUCUGUUGUACACAAGUCCCGAGACCCAGAAGAGGAGAACAAAUCCAUCACUGAAGCACUGCAAUCAGACAACGAGAGUCUCCUAAAAGCCAACGAGACACUACACAGGAAGUUGAAGGAGGCCGAGCGGGAAGUGGAGAUGUUAAAGACGCUGCUGAAGAGGCACGCGCUCCAUCCUGUGGAGGAGGACGAAUCCUCCUAGACACAUCAAGUACAUUCAGUAUCAUCAGACCAACAUUUAUGUUCUCCAUCCGCAGUACAGUAAAGUUGUAAUACAAACAGUAUAUGAGUGAUGAGACCAAGGCAUUUUUGGAUCGUAUGCUAAACACGGAGUGUGAUGCACACGGCCAGUUAAGGUUUUUUGAGAACCAAUCAGGGCAUUAUUACCACAUUCUGGUUUUAAAUUAAACAUAAACUUGAUUAAAUAAAUUGAUAUGUAUGACGUUUAAAGAAGCAAUGGAACCUCCAAAGUUGAACACAAGCAGCUGUGUGGUGCUGGUUGACUUCCAAGUUGUUCGACGUUCCCAUAGAGAAAAGUGUAAUUAAAGUGUCAUGGAAAAUAGGCAACAUCAAAUUCCUUAAUUAACUACACAGGUAAAGUAAAAGUUUAAGAUUUCUAACUUUCAUAGUUGUAUAAAGAGAAUUAACCACUGUAAAAUCUAACUUAAAAAAUACAGUAAAAUAAACUACUUUGGCUUUGAAGACACGAGAGAGACAGUAAUGGAGAAAGAACAGGAAGGUGUUUGCAGUGUGAUACUGUCACCUAGUGUCGUUUGUCUGAAUUAUUAAAGCCUUCUGAUCUUUAAUCUUUAAAUUAUGAAUUAAUUUUAUUGCUGAUAUUGUACUGACAAGUCCGACCUUUUCCUACUGAAUGUCGCAUUGAGUCGCCAUUCGGAUCCUAUUUUAUGGUGGCAAAAAGCAAAACACACUUACUCAGUUAAUCCUUUAAAUCAGUUGUUCUCAACUGUUGUCACCUCGGUACCCGCAUUUCCUACUGUUGCUCAUUUGUGACCCUCUUUAACACAAGUGGCGAACACGUACAGUAUUGUUCAAAAAUAGCCUAUGAAAAGGUGAAUAUAUUUUUACACAUGCUUACACCCAAGCCAUGACGUUUCUGCCGCAUGCCUGUCAAAAUGUUAUUUUCCAAGUAAAAGACAAGUCCAACCUGGGAUGCACGUUUAAUAUUUCACUGUUCCUACGACGGCGACGUAAAACGAAUUUGUUCGCAAGUCGGACUGCACCAUAGUCUAUCACUAAAUGGUAAAUAUAGUAAAAUUUGUAUGAAAAACACCUGUAAGCCAAUCAAAUCAAUCCAAAGAAACAAUAAAUACAGCACUAACUGAGUGUGCCUUCUUGUACCACAUGAAGACAUUGUUUUACACUGUAACAUUGAAAUGUUAUAUGUAGAUACGUAAACAGAGGACCCCCUGUAAUUUUAUACUACAUGUGCAUGACCCAAAAAGGUUUUUGCAUCACGACCAACCCCCCAGUAAAGAAAGCUUUGGAUGAUCACUAAUAUUUUGCUUACUGUCACACAUGAUGAUGGUUUGAGGCAUUUUACAAACAUUUGGUUGCACUCCACAUUUUGGUCGUUCAACUUUGGAGAUUCCACUGUACAUUAAAAAAGAAGAUGGCAAGAAACAAAAAUGGUCAGACGCUAUUAAUAUCUAAUUAGUACAUAAUAGUCAUACACUGUAAAUGUAGUAAAGGAACGCUGAGUGCCAUAAUGUAGAGUGAAAAACGAGAUAUUUAUGAGAAUAACAUCCUGUGGGGUAUUGUGUGUUUGAGGGGCAGUCAAAACGUAAUGAGCCUUAUUUAAUUUAACUUACUAAUAAUUGAUUUUUUUUUUUUCCCGAAAUAAAUUGUGUUUGUAGUUUAAAUACUUGUUUGAAGGUUUAUUUAAAAAGUUUUAUUUAAGUCUAUCCUCUUACUGUCGCCAUUAUGAAAUGAUGUCAUUGUUGGAUGCACCAUCAGAAGCAGAGAGCUGUGAUUGAAUUUCUUGUUUUGGAUCUGGAACCACCACUAACCAUUUUCUAAAAGUUACAAAAUGUGUACGGGGAAGGUGCAAUAGGCUACAGCACCGUCAAAAAGUGGGUGUCCGGGAGCAAAGGCGAAGAACACGAGCCUGUUCUGAGUGAACUCCGUGACAAGCAAAGAAUCUCGUGAAGUCAUCAGUUCCUUUGGCGAAACAACAAUAACCCAUAACCCAUACUUCAGAUUAUCACCUUUGUGGACCUUUAAAAGAAGGACUUGGGGUCAGCACUUCUCUGAUGACGAACAAGUAAUGCAAGCUACAAACAACGGGUUACUAGCGCAGCCUACUGAAUUUGACAAGGUUGGCAUAUUUGCCCUUGUUCAUCGAUGGACAGUCGGUCUUGAGAAAAAAAAGGGGAUUAUAUCAAGUGAUGUAAGAAGUGAUCAAAUCCUACUUUUUGAGCAUUAUUUUUAUGCGUAUAUUGCUUUUCUAUUGCAACAACUAAAGCUAGAGCUAAAUUGGGCUCAUUACUUUUUGACUGUCCCUCAUAUAAUAGUAUAAAAGUAUAUUAAUAAUUUCCGUAGAAUGACCCCUAGAUAACUACUUUUAGUGCAUCUUUUUCAUGUUUAUUGUGUGAAACACUACACAGUUCAUAUGAACUGUGAAAUUACACGUUUUUUUGUACAUUGGUACUUAACUGUUCAGUAUAAUUUCUUCUUCUCUGUUCAUGGCAUAUCGCUACUUUUGUUUGAUUGUUUUAUAGUAAGUGUUGUAAAUGGAAAUUGUGGUGUUUGUGUUUAUUGACAGUGCCAGCCACAAGGAUAGUUAAGUGGCCUACCUGCUCAUCUCCCAUGUCAGUAUUGUGAGCUUUUUUGUUAAAAUUAAAUGCUGGGCAUUCAGUAUUAAAAAAGCAUUACUUGUAUUACUCCAUUUUAUCAAUGGGGGGCACUAGAGCCUCAUAAGGGUACCACAUCAUUCUAGGCUGUAUUACCACAUCAGUUCUCGUCCGCUUUCUAAGAAAACUUACAACAAAUUUACAACGUUUUGCUGAGUAGAUACUUGAAAGGAAAUCUUUUUUCAUACAACUUAAUUUCUCCAAAUGAUACAAGUUUUUUUUUUUUUGGUCUUUGGCAUUGUGUUGUAGUCAAAAUGUACUUUGCUACAACAGGUAUUCAUGCCAUAAGCCAUUGAGAGUCGUUGUGUGUACAUUUCUUGCAAUGCCGUGUGAAGAAUUGCCUCUGAGGUGCGCAUACCAGCGCCUCCCUAGUCUAUAGCGCCGCUGACAACUCAUUUAGUUCCAAUUGAAUGGGAAGGGGGGGAAAUAACACCGGGCCAAGUCCAGCAGGCUGUAUGCACACCAAUACUAAAUAGUUUCCAAUAUCAAGGUUGGAUGGGGGGGAAGGGUCUUUUCAAAACAUAUUUAAAAGGCUGUUACACUAUGCUGCAGGUGGGAAUUUAAUGGUCUCACUGACAAAUCAAUCAGUUGAAACCCAAUAUGCAACCUACAACCGAGACAAGCCAUUAUGGUGUAGCCAGAAGGACAAAUGUGGACUCAACGAAACGCUGCAUUAUAAAACAGUCGACAGUCUGCCUAAAUACAGAGGCAGACAGACGAUUUAUCACACAGACAUCAGUGUUCAACGGAACCUCCUGUCCAACACUCCAAAAGGGAAACAAUUUGGAUCCCAACCAAAGCAUUUUCUGGAGAAAAAAAAAUUAAAAAUAAUAAUAAUAAUAAUAAUAGCUAACAAAAAAUGAAGUCCAUCAUUAUGGGUGAUCUCAGCAAAUCUUAUGAGAUUCCAGCUCCAUGAGAAUAAAAUAGAAUAACAAUUUGUUUGUUUUCUGGGGAAAAAAACAAAACAAGUUCAAAGCAUCAUCAUGCAUGAGAUCGGUGAAUGUUAAGCAUAAAAAUGAUUAACUCCGUGCUUUUUCAUGGACUUUCCCCCUAAAAGGAAAGAGUUCAAUUAGCCAGUGGUGGUUUUGCACAAGUGGCAUUCAUUCAAAGUCUGGAUGGAGUCUCACAGUCUCGAUUUGUUGCUAGUUGAUUUUGGGCAAAAGCAGUUUUGAGAGAGGUUGGAAAAGUAGUAAAAUUUUCCCGAGUACAGAGACAGACAAUGAGCCAUCAGUGUUCAUACGAAUCUCCAGUAAAAACACCACCAAAAAAAUGAAAAAUGUGUUGUUGUUCUCGCUUUUUUGUUGAAACACUGAGUAGCCACUCAAUUUGUCGCAUGUCCCUGCACUACCCCCUGGUUGUCAUAGUAACGAAAGUAUUUGCAUGAGACAAAACCGACCCCCAAAAUGUUGUGAUUUAAUCCAGUGUUACAAGUGGAUGUUGAGUUUGUUGUAUUUCAUUAUCAUUUGUGUAUUUUCACCCAAGAAUAUCACAAAUCUUUUAUUCAGACACCUGUGAAUUGUAGAAAAAAAUGCAUAAUGGCGUCCGGGGCUACAGCACCAGAUGAUGGGGCCCCCCCAUACAGAAACUUCCUGUCCUCCCUGUUCGACACCCCUGAUGGGGUCCAUGAAGUCUCUUUAAAAUGUAAUUAAUUUACAAGUCAAAUUAAUGAGCAAAUCUGUGGAAAUCCAUACAAAAUGAGGAAUAGAUACUGAAGUUCGAUUUUUGCCUCAUUUAAUACACUUGACACUGUCCUUACUGUAUCUCCCAAAAUGUCUUGAAUCGUGCACAAAUCGACGAAUGUGAUGGCGGAUGUCCUCCAUACUUAAUCCCUGCGUCUGCCAGUGCGAUUUAGUUUCAAUAAAGCACAAUACACCUG